GGGAAGUUGUCCUCUGCGGCGAUGGUCCAUCGUACCAACUGAAGUCGCCAUCGGGCUCUUCACGGUUCUGUUAUAUACUCUCGACGUCUCUGCUUGCAGGAGCUCCAGGCAAUCCCCUUGGAACGUAUUCCUCAUCAUCUCUAAUUUUCUGGCUUCAAGAGUCCACGAGUCACAGCAAGGAACUCCGUCGGAUCGGUUGGCCAGAUUGAAGUCGUACGAGUUGCCGUCAUCAAGCGCCCUAGAUUUCUACCGGCUUAAGAGAGAGGGCGUCAUAACAAGCUCGAGUAUAAAAGCAUCCCCGAGGAAGAAGGAGUAAACGUCUGCCUCCGACCCCGAACGGACCAUGCCAGUCAACAAAGUCGCUGAGAAUGUUUUUGGUAUCAUCGGCACUAUAUGCUGGACGGUUCAGCUUGUGCCGCAACUGAUUAAGAGUUACCGAGAGAAAUCGGUGGAGGGCCUAUCCUCAAUAUUGGUAUUUAUGUGGGGUGUCGCAGGCAUCCCACUUGGCAUCUAUGCCAUCGUCCAAAACUUGAACAUCCCCUUGAUUGUUCAGCCUCAACUGUUCAUGGUGUUGUGUCUGGCAUCAUGGGCUCAGUGCCUGUACUAUGGCCAGGGCCGGUCCAAGCGCACCUCGAUCAUCAUGUGGCUUGGUACAUGUAUUUUUGCUGGGGCAUUCGAGGCUGGCAUGGUUUUCGCCAUCCGGCCAGUGUACAAUCAUGGGCACGGGAAUGAUGCGCCUGUCAAGGUUUUUGGCAUUCUCGCUGCGAUCAUGAUAUCUUCCGCGCUCCUUCCACAGUACUGGGAAAUAUACAAGCACGGCGAGGUCAUCGGGAUAUCGAUCAUCUUCAUGACCGUGGACAUGCUAGGCGGCGUAUUCAACCUGCUUUCGCUGGUGUUCAAGACCAAAUUGGACACCCUGGCGGCGAUCUCAUAUUCGCUCGUUGUAGCGCUCGAUGGUCUCGUCAUCCUACUAUAUUUCAUCCUGAACCCGUUGGCUCGUCGGAGACGGCGGCGCCUGGCUCAACGGCAGCCGCCUGACGAUACCACCCCAGACCUUGACGGUGGAGCGUCCACCUCUAGAGAUGCGGAAGACAAUCUCCCCCUCAGCGACGCGCCGACGCGAGUCCCAUCACGGCAGAGCCACGUCGACAAGGCGCCCAAUCCAUCAGACGAGCGAAGCCUCGAGAAAGUCGGAUAACGGGACAGAAGAUGAAAAAAAAAACGAGCCCGUAUUCCGAUUUCCGAGGUGGUAUGACAUUACGAAGAUGCUGUAUAGUGUGUGCAAUGUGCAGAAAAGACCCUCCGAAAACGCCCCGGUCAUCGUGCGCCCGGUACCGGCGCCAUCCACGCCCGCGCCGUCCGACUCCGGUCGUGGCCAGCGCCCACUCCCGCCGGCGGCUCAUCUUCCGACGAGCUCUUGCUCGUACUCCCCUCCGCGCUCGCUAGCCGCGAGUGCCUAUCCGCCUCGUCCUCGUCGAACAGCACCUCGUCCACUGCGUCGUCUCCGAGCGACUUCGAGCUCGGAUUGCGCGACGCUUGCUUCUGCAGACGCCCGGACGUUGUGCUCAAGUCGCCGAAGUUGCUGAUGGAGUUGCCCGCGGGCGUGCGGGUGGGGACGCGGUAGAAUUCCUCGAUCUCGACGUCCUCUUCGUCGUCACCGAGGGCGGCGUAUACGCCGGUUGUGGCAGGAUUGGGUCGCGAGUGUGGGAGGGAACGAUACGAGCCUCGUCGCAGAUGCAUCGCGUAGGAGUAGAUUAGCAGUGCGAAGUAAAACUUGGAUAACCAGCCAAUGGUGAUCAGCGCGGCUGCAGAGCCCUUCUCCUGGUUCCAUAUCAUCCGAGCGGCAGUUUCGCGUUCCACAUCCGACAUCGGAGGCCGGUUGUUCAUGCCGCCAUUCAUGAUCUCCUCCUGUGCCGCCGAGCUCGCUUGCCUUCGUCCAUCGUGUGGCGUAUAUACCCAAUAUGUAACAGCGAAGAAGACCGUCCACAUUGUGGAGAGGACGUGGUCGGCGAAGAACAUGUGGGCGAAGUACAGCGAACGCUUAGCAUCCUCCUCCGUUACCGCCCUGAGACCCCACGCAAGGACGACGAGCCCGAAGACCGAGUACACGUAGAGGCUUAUUUGGGCGAACGAGCCGCCGGCUCCGGUCAAGGCCGCAAUAAGACCAUAAACGCCCGCAACCUUGUUGAGCAAGGCAAACAGUAAGGCUACAGUGACGCCGAUCUUCAAGUCAAGGCAGCCAAGAAACGACGAGGCCGGCCGCGGCUUCCAUUCGGGGCGCAACAUCAACUUCAUGAGGUGCAAGUGCUAAAGCACAGGCACAGAGCGUUCUUUCAAGAGUCUCGUACAGCCAGCUAAGUCGGGAUAACCGCGAUAGGACACGAAAAACAGGGUGG